ACAACCACAGAAACCCGGCGCUCGAGAAAUUAUGAAUUUCACAAUGCGCGAAUCCUGUCGUAAAUCCCGCUCGCGGUACAUUUGAGUAGUUGGCUGGCUAUCCCAGGACGGAACAGAAGGGGUAUAGGACAUGGAUAUUCCUCAGUCGUCUGUCAGUUACUGGUUUGAGAGUAUAGGGCUGACCACUACUUAAACUGUGAAUCGUGGAGAAACGUAAAGUAAAACGGAAAAGUGGGCAUGCCACCCAAGAAAAAGGGUUCAACGGACCGUCAAGACUCAGGGACCACUGAGGAGAAGGAGAAGAAUGCCCAAGUCCAGCUGGAGAAGGCUAAGUAUAAGCCUGUUGCUUUCGCUGUACGCACAAACUUCACCUACACUCCUUCAGAUGAUGAUAACGUCCCUAUACCAGGGCACGGAGUUUCCUUUGAGGCUAAAGACUUCCUGCAUAUCAAAGAGAAAUUUAAUAAUGAUUGGUGGAUUGGGCGGCCUGUAAAGGAUGGGGGAGAGGUUGGUUUUAUCCCCAGCCCAGUAAACCUGGAGACCAUUCUGAUCAGGAGAGAGGUGCAGGCCAGGAAGGCUGCCAAAGCACUAGCCAAUAAAGCGGCAAGUUCAGCCAAAGAUGAUAUGAAUGCAAAGAAAGUGUCUCCACCACAAACAGUUCAGCAAGUGAAGAAGAAAUCGGGAGAGCAACUGGCUGCAUAUGAUGUUGUGCCUUCCAUGCGUCCUGUGGUGCUCAUGGGGCCUUCUCUCAAGGGCUAUGAGGUUACAGACAUGAUGCAAAAAGCUCUCUUUGAUUUUUUAAAACACAGAUUUGAAGGAAGAAUAACUAUCACCCGGGUGACAGCAGAUAUUGCACUUGCCAAACGGUCUAUCCUGAACAACCCCAGCAAACAUGCCAUAAUGGAUCGCUCCAACACCCGCUCCAGCUUAGCCCAAAUUCAAGGAGAAGUAGAGAGGAUUUUUGAGUUAGCCCGCAGUCUACAGCUCGUGGUUCUGGAUGCAGACACCAUUAACCACCCUAUCCAGCUUAGCAAGACCUCAUUGGCCCCAAUCCUGGUUUAUGUCAAGAUUUCAUCACCUAAGGUCCUCACAAGAUUGAUUAAGACCAGGGGCAAGUCUCAGACUAAACAUUUGAAUGUUCAGAUGGUGGCUGCUGACAAACUGGCCCAGUGUCCUAAUGAGCUUUUUGAUGUCAUCUUGGAUGAGAACCAGCUCACAGAUGCCUGUGAGCACAUCGCUGAUUACCUGGAGGCCUACUGGAGAGCCACUCACCCUCCUGAAAUGGAGCCUCCCAAUCCCAUGCUGGAGAAACUGGCAGAAAACACACUCCCCACAAGCCCCACACCUGCUAAGGAUGAACAGAAAAGCAAGAAGAUGGCUGCCACCAAGAGGAAAGGAUCUCAGGAGCACCAGCAGGAGCAUCUGCCCCAGGCCCAGGAGAUGAGAGAUGAGGAGGAGGAAGAGGAAGAGGAGGAAGUGCAGCAGGAGGCAGAGGAGGAGGAGAGACUACUUCGUAGUGAGCCAAAGAGACACAGCCAUCACCACCAUCAUCAUCAUCACCAUCGGUCCAGCACCAACCGAAAUGAGCACCACAACAAACACCAGCACCACCAAGUUCGCCACCAGCAUCCCGUUGACGUGGAGCUGCUGCCUACUAAAGACUCUUUGUACAUGGAGCCCCAGAGCAGACAUGUGCUCCUGGAUGAGGACGAUCCGGACCAAACCAAGGUCUAUCAAAACAGGACUACAACACACAGGGACCAUAACCACCACCAUCACAACCAUCGCCAUCGUCAUCAUCAACACUGGCGUGGGACCACAGAUGUUGCUACAGAUUAUUCCCACCACGGACAGCAGGACUACGAGUUGGAGCACAAUGAGCGUAACAGGCAACAGAGACACCAGGGCCAGCUGCGCUCGCACCAAGAACAUCAUUACGUUAACCCUCAUCACAAUCAAUACCACUACCAGGGACAGGAGCGGGACAGGGACAGAGAGAGGGACAGGCGUGUGGAGACAGAAAAAUGGACUGAAGAUAUGUACGUUCAUCACUGAGAUGGUCUGGAUUUGCAUUGUUUUUAAUGCUGCUAUGUGAAAUGCUGGCUACUGUGUACUCAGGACAACACGGUUUCACUUUCUUGAUCUGUUGUGCCCUGUCUGUUAUACUGCUGAAUUAUCGUCUCCUUUGGUUGACAACUAAACUUCUUUAUCUCUCUGUUGAUGUUGAAUCUUUCAUUCAUAUAAUAUUGUGUUCAUUACGUUUGUUACAUCACUGGCUAUUACCAUUGUUUAUAGAGGAAUUGUUCACCCAAAAAUGAAGAUGUACUCACCCCAUGUUAUUCCAACCCAGCACUAUUUUCUUUAUUUCCUUUGUGAAACACAAAAAGAUACAUUAUGCAGUGUACAGUACGUGAGCAGGUCUUCUCCAUACAAUGAAAGUGAAUGGCAAUUUUAAAUGUCCAAAAAAAGACAAAAAGCACCAUAGAAGUAAUCCUGACGACUGGUGCACUAUAGUCUUCUAAAGCCAUACAUUUGAUAAUGUUCUUCGGCAAACCAACACUCAUAAUCUUCCCCUCUGCCGUGGGUCUCAAAUACAAUUUGCACCUGGGCUUGCUUAAUUCAACAAAUGGCGGCAAUGCCGUUACAUCAGGUUUGAUGUCAUUGACAGUUUAAAGCAUGACCUGGAAUUAUAUUUAAAGCAACAAUAGAGUGAUGGUUGAUGCAGACUUUUUAUGUCAUCUCUGUGGAGCAUACAUAAUUAUUCUGCUCCCACCUAACAUCAUUUUAGUUGUAAUUUCUUAGGGAAAUACAUUUCAUCCGUAGUACCUCAGCAAUUCAACAUUUAGGACUGUUAAGGCCCUGGAAAAUUUUAACUACAUGUGAUAUAAAGUGUUUUGGUUUGGGUAUGAUUAUCAUUCAUGAUCAUUCAUGGGGAAUCUUUGUUACUAAACAAGCAGUAGGUAUGAAAAUAUUACAGAAAUAAUUUAUUGUAAAACUGGAACAACAGAUAUUAGCAUUUACCC